GUUCCGGUAAAUCAAUAUUUUUCUCGGCGCAUUUUCUCUGUCGGAUGGUUACUGGUGAUUUGUUUCAGUCGUGUAGUUGUGUGCGGUGUUCUCCAUUGUUCACUGUGGACAGAACAGUUCGUAUCACUAGCCAGUGAAGCCGGCGUGGACUGAGGCCGUGGCGGAGUGGUUGGUUGUGACGCUGGGUUUUGCUGACGGCGCAAUGCCGGACAGUGUGCGGUACAACAUCAAGUACUUGGUAUCAAAUCUAGAUGUGUCACUGAUCUUGGAGGACCUGCUAGAGAACGAUGUCCUCAGCGAAGAGGAAUAUGACACUGCCUCUGGCAAGGAAAAUGAAAAGUUGGAGCUGGCAAAGUAUGUGGUGAGGUUGAUGCUGAAGAAAACGGAGGAACAGGUGGAUUCGUUCCUGAAACUAGUUGAACACAGCCAACGUGAUGUAGCGGAACAUGUCGCCAGUACCAUGGCGAAGCGCCGCGCCGCGAAGCCAAUGUCGGCAGAUCGUGAGUCAACACGUGGCUCGCCCUCCGACAAUCCGUUUGACCUGGAAAGGUUUGUGUGUGACAUUCAACCAUGGUUGAACAAAGUUGACGCAGAUCUACUGCGACGGAUGGUGAUCAAGAAACAUCUCAUAACUAACAGCACAUCAAUAGAGGGACUGAAGAGAAUUCUGUCCCGGGAUGGACCAUCUGAUCAUAAUGAGAAGCUCAUCCAGUUGCUCAAAGCUGGUGGCCUAAACACGUAUCAUCUCUCAUACACUAUCUGA